UUCCAGGAGGGUCUUCCCCUUCCGAGUGGCGUCCGCGCUUGCUUCCUUCGUCAGGCACCUCCCGCCUCACGCCUUGCUUCCUCCCGUCUCCCAGAGUCUACACACCUGCACUCUUGAGGCACCUCCCGCCUCACGCCUUGCUUCCUCCCGUCUCCCAGAGUCUACACACCUGCACUCUUGAGGCUGCUGGCGAGAGGAACUGUCGUCCCAAGACCUCCACCAUGACUGCCGCUCCGAAAGUUUGCGUCCGUCGCGCGAAGCUCAUCUUCCUGAUGGAGAACGCAGGCAAGGACGUCUUGACCUUCGUGUUGAAGCGCGGUGCGCUGAACGCACCCGCCACGCCGCCGGGCCAGUCCCUCACUGACUACCUUGACAACCUCCCUCAAGGCUCGACAGCCAACUAUGGCAGGAUGAGUAACAAACAAAAGAGAACAGCACUGAACAACACCGACCGCCGCCAAGCACAACGCUUCCCUUUAUGGGACAAAUUUGAUGUGACUUUCCUGCACAAAGCAAUAAAGCUGACGUGCGAAGGCCUGGCGAGAGAUAACGAUCCCGAAUGGCGGAACGAGAACACCCUGGAGGGAUUGGUAACGAAAAUCAAGGAUGAGCGGAAUGAACUCUUUCAUGAAGUGAAAGAUUUCAGCGAGGCAGAGUACCAGCACAAAGUCAUUGAGUUAGAGCACCUCUUCAUCCGAGUCCUCGCCGCAGCCAAGACCAAAUACUGCAUUCCUGACGCAGAGGUGACACCCGUGCAGGACAACGCCCGGCAGGUCGCUGAUACCUUCAGAAAAACAGGAAUGGAGAAAGAAAUUUUAAAAGAUUAUUUUAGUAUCAUGCACCAAGAAUUUAUGAGAGACACUCAGACCCACCUCAAAACAUCCUAUGAUCGAGUGCAAACCUUUGAUCCUCUGUCCUUCCUUACCAACUCACCAAAACACCAUCAUCACAUCCAGGACAUUUUCUGCAAGAUGUCCCUCGUGGAAGGAAGAGGAGACGUCGAACAGAGGCGAGACAUCGACACUUGCGACGUGCUGACGGUGACGCGCCGCGCGGGACAGAAUCCACAGCCGUCCACAUCCUCAUCGGCCACGCCGCCCACGCACGGCGCCAAGCCACAGCUCAUCCUGAUCAGGGGCGUGGCAGGAAGCGGCAAAACGACCCUGCUCACCUUCCUUGUCUCAGAGUGGCUUCAGGAGACCGGCGCCUGCACCAUCAAACACCUGGACGAGUACGACAUCGUGCUGCGUGUCUUGUGCCGCGAUGAUGAAGGCCCAUCUCUCCAGAACUUCCUCAAAGUGAUCCUCCCAAACCAUUUUGCUGUGAUGGACGAACACCUCAUCCCCCUCCUACAACAAUGCAAAGUUCUCUUCCUGAUUGACGGCCUGGACGAACUGUCGCCAGGCACUCCGUCACACAGCCUUGUGAAGGACAUCAUCAGCAUCUCGAAAUACUCGCCUGACUUCACACUCGUCUGCACAUCGCGACCCGAAGCAAUGGAAGACUUCCUGGCCAAAGUACCUGAUGGUUAUGAGGUGUGGGCCAUGGAGAUGAAAGGUGUCAGCCAUGAACAAAGAAUUCAUUUUGUCAUGAAGCAUUACAACAGCUUCCCAGACAAGGGGGACAAAGACCCUGAGAGGCUUGAGUACCUCAUGAAACACUUAGGCUGGAAGGAUUACCUCGGCCUGCCCUUGAACCUGCAUUUUAUUGCAUGGUUGUUUUAUUUUAAUGUAGACAACAUCAACAUUACCACCACCCAGACCAGCCUGUAUGUCGCUAUACGAGACUGGUGCAUACAAAAACUGCAGGCCAGACUCACAGGUCAUUCACUAGACAGACAGACUCGUGAGGUCCACAUCUACAAGGUAUUGGAAGACCUAUAUGACGUGUCUAUGCAGGCUCUUCUUCAAGACCGACUCACUCUGUCAAAACAGGAAGAGCAGAAGCUAAUUUGUUCCUGUCAUGAGAAAGGAUUACCCAGCAAGGAAGUCAUCCCAGCGUUCUUCAAUCUUCAAGACACCAGUGACAGGCUGGGACAUCAUCAGAAGUAUGCAGCCCCACACAAGAGCCUACAGGAAUUCUACGGUGCAUCAGCAAUCGUCCACAAGCUGGUGGAGGGCUCACACUCAGAAAACAUACGACGCAUGCUUCACGACCCGCCGCGCCAACAGCUCCGGAACUUGAAGAACCUGUUCCAGCACGUGGCAUGUCUCUUCUGCCACCGACAAACACCACGUCAUGUUUCAGACAUCCGACGCAUGCUUCACUUCCCGCCGCCAGAACAGCUCCGGAACAUGAGGAACCUGCUGCUGCACGUGGCAGGUCUCCUCUGCCACCCUAACAUACCACCUCGUGCUGCAGCCAUACAAGAGGUGGUGGACCUACUGGCGGAGACUGGUGUGGAAAGGUGUGGUGAUUGGCUGUCCAUGUUGGAGGACACUGAAGUGAACAGGACUGCCUUGGAUUGUGUUGUCAGACACAUUACAAGUGAUGAGAGGGAGAUGGUAACAAUAACAGACAGCACCAUCACCAGUGCCAGGGCCCUCCUCCCCCUCAUCCCCUCCAAGGAGGUACGGAUACAGCUAAGCAAGAAGGAAUCAGACGUGCAGGGGCUCAUCUUUGAACACCACAAAUACAUUGAGCUGUCCCUGCACCACCAAUACAGGCAUCCAGACCAAGCCACUCUCUGUGACUCCUUGCUGCGUGCCAUGCCCAGGAAUCACCUUCAGUGGUUCACGGGUCACCUAAGUGGUGCCGGCACACAGCUGCUGCAGGAGUGCCGGGGCCUGGAGGUUCUCAGCCUGGCCGUGUGUGACCAAGACGCCCAAGAGGUUCUGGCCGCCAUCAGCGCCGUCCACGCGUCGCUGCCUCAGCUACACACCCUCUUCCUACACGUCCCCGUGGGUGCCGUGAGGACAGAGGCGUGCACCACACGGCUGCCUGGCUGCCCAUGGGUGUUCCUCGUGUUGUCUGGCGUGGACGAGAGGCUGCUGGAGGAGGCGGCCCAGAUAGCACAGCUCCUGCAGCCCACACAGCGCCCAUACUGCCGCAUCAGGUUCCCCGGCAGCAGCAUGAAGGCAGAUGUGUGGCGGCGCUGCCUUCACAAGCUGGCUAUUGCUGGCGUCACGGUGCAGCGUAUUGUUGGUGGUGGUAUUGUGGCACCGGACACCAGCCCCAUCACGGAGGAGGAGGAGAGGGAGCUGCACACCCUUGCCAGCACCAGGAUAUUAGGUGCCUUCAACAGCUGGCCUGAAGAGGACCUGUGGCAGUCACUGUAAUCCCCGUGACGGCCAGACUCAUCGGUGCUGGAAGUGCAUCCACUCACGAGGCAAACACCUGGGCUGCAUUUAUCCUACUGCAUUGUGUGUGUACAAGUCUACAGUGUGGCGCUCUCUCUCUCUCUCUCUCUCUCUCUCUCUCUCUCUCUCUCUCUCUCUCUCUCUCCUCUCUCUCUCUCUCUCUCUCUGUUUCUGUUUGUCUGUCUGUUUCUGUCUGUCUGUCUGUUUCUGUGUGUGUGUGUGUGUGUGUGUAUGUGUGUGUGUGUGUCUCCCUGAUGGUGGGUGGGUCAAGUUGUAUUGGUAAGGUGGUGGCGAGUGUGAGUGUGAAGUGUCGGUGUGCAGUGUGUGUGAGAGCCAAGUGUCAGUUAGGAUCACGUUAGUACAAGGUGGGCCCAAGCAAAGUUGUGGUGCAGUUUGCAAUGAUUGUUGAUGGUGCACGUGCAGUUUUCCUCGUGGCAAAGUUCACGCCAGAAGUGAGAGAGUCAAGUCACCACAAGACAAGGCUCAGUGUUCUGUCGUGAAGUCUGCGGUGACUGCUGCUAUCACUUCCCACCUGCAGUAUAUACCUUUUAGCAAAGUUUACUUACAAGUUGUGAGUCACCACAAGCCCGGGACUCAACACUCUAUUCUUUAGUGCCUGAUGAUUCUUAAUUGUUCAUCUGCAGUUUGUGUUGCAGCAACGGUUGCGCCAAAACUAUGUUAGUGCGCGCCGAGGAUGCAAGAUGACUGAUUGUCAGUGUUGCGUGCGGUGCGUGUGUUUAGGCCAAGUGUAAGUGACGGCUGAGUUAGUGCAAGAUAAGGCUGAGUAGUGUUCUGUUCUGAAGUGUGAGGCGGUUCUUGGGGUCACUUCCCACCUGCAGUAUGUCUUGUGGCAAAGUUGAAGCUGAGAAUUAAGUUAGUACAAGCGGAGGAUUCAAGUGAUUUGGUUCACCUCACGGUGAUUCUUAAUGUUUGUUGCACCUGCUGUUUGUCUUUAGGCUAAGUUAAGUUACAACUAAGCUGAGUUACAACCACAAGCUGAGGGUGAAGGCUGCUGCUGCUGCUGCUGCUGCUGCUGCUGCUGCUGCUGCAUGCAGUCUUCACCUCAACUUGGUCAGGUUGAUGCUUUCUUCAUUUCUGUGUUGAGUUACAAGUUUACUACAAGUGGUGGCAGGUUUGUCACGUUCUCGUAAGUGGAUGCACGGGUGUGAGUGUGGCGGUGGUGGUGGUGGUGGUGGUGGUGGUGAGAGCCGUGCAUUCCCCAGGGAAGGGGAACGCCCGCCACGUGCAAGUGUGGCGAGGAGCUUCACCACAAACACUGUAUUCUCUGUACCACACAUGGCUGAUUCCCUCAUUAAAAGCUGUAGUACAA